AUGGCUCCCCCUCCGUCGGCUGAUUUGCCGCUGCAACAGCGCCUCCUCCAGCUCGCCCAGACGCUGCAAUUCGGUUGGUUCGCUGGCCAUGCUGUCCUGAUCCUCUGCACGAUCCGCUACGGCUUCUCGUGGAUCCGCCUGAACUAUUACUCGGGCAUGGCGCAGUUCUCCUACCGCACCGCCUUUGUCGCCGCCGCCGUCACCUACGGCAUCGUUGUCUACAAGACCUGGAGGGCGCGCGCUCGCUCCGGCGCCAAGAACCUCCAGAACCCCAUCACCAUCCUCAGCGAUGAGAACGUCCAGUACCUCGAUCGUGCCUUUGUAAAGCAGUACUACGACUUUUCCCAUGUUCCUUCGUCGGCAAGCUUGAGCUCGCCCUGUGGUUCCCGCGUUUUGCUCUCGGCCAUUCUCUUCCAGCGCCGCUCGUGGAUCCUGAUUGUCAUCUACACGGCGUUCCUGCGUGCGCGCUUCGCCCAGAGCUCGCACAUCCAGAACAGUGUCAGCGAGCUCGAGGCCCGCGUCGACUCGGCCGUCGGCAACCAGGGCACGCCUCCCCAGGCUCGUCAGGUCUGGGAGGCCGUCAAGAACGGCGUCCGCCAGUUCUACAACCUCACGGACGCCAACCGCUACCUCAGCGGUGCUGCGGCGCCCAAGAAGACGUCCUAA